GGCCGUGGCCAAGACUGUGAAAGGAUAAAGAGGCGCGAGGCGGAAUUGGGGUCUGCUCUAAGCUGCAGCAAGAGAAACUGUGUGAGGGGAAGAGGCCUGCUUCGCUCCCGGGUCUCUAGUUCUUGCACGCUCUUUAAGAGUCUGCAUUAGAGGAACUCUGCCAUCACCAGCUCCCUUCUUGCAGAAGGGAGGGGGGAACAUACAUUUAUUCAUGCCAGUCUGUUGCACGAAGGCUUUUUGGCUUCCUACCUUGCAACAAAAUAAUUGCACAAACUCCUUAGCGCCGAUUCCGCCCACAGAGAGUCCUGGAGCCAGAGUCUUUUUUGAUUUGCAUUGUAGGGAAGGGACUAAGUGAUAGAGACUAUGUCGCUUUCCUGAGCUCCCGAGAGCGCUCGUGAACUGGAACCAACUGCUUCAGGGGAAGAGAGAGAGAGAGAGAGAGAAAGAGAGAGAGAGAGAGAGAGGGAAAAAAAAAAAAAAAAAAAGACUUGCCUGGGAGGCGGCGAGAAACUUGCAUUGGAAGCUUCGGCAGCCAGCGUUCAAGAAACUCCUCCACUUAGCACGGUCUCCAGACUCGGAGCCGAGGGACGGCGCAAACUGCGGCGCGGUGAGAGCGAGAGAGCGAGAGCGAGAGCGAGCAGCAGAGGGAGGGAGAGCAGAGCCUCUCCAGCCUGGGAACUAUAACUCCUCUGCAGGAGGCAGCGCGCUCCUUCCCCGCAUCUCCUGGGGACACUUCUCCCCGCGCCCGGCGCCGGCCCGGCCAGGAGCGGAGGGGCCCGCACGGCCGCCGCGCGCGUCCUCCCGCUCGGCGUGUGCUGCGCCCGGGGAGCCGGGAGGGCCCGGCGAUCGCGCCGCGGCCGCCGCGAGGGUGUGAGCGCGCGUGGGCGCCCGCCGAGCCGGGGCCAUGGUGCAGCAAACCAACAACGCCGAGAACACGGAAGCGCUGCUGGCCGGCGAGAGCUCGGACUCGGGCGCCGGCCUGGAGCUGGGCAUCGCGUCCUCCCCCACGCCCGGCUCCACCGCCUCCACGGGCGGCAAGGCCGACGACCCGAGCUGGUGCAAGACGCCGAGCGGCCACAUCAAGCGGCCCAUGAACGCCUUCAUGGUGUGGUCGCAGAUCGAGCGGCGCAAGAUCAUGGAGCAGUCGCCCGACAUGCACAACGCCGAGAUCUCCAAGCGGCUGGGCAAGCGCUGGAAGCUGCUCAAGGACAGCGACAAGAUCCCGUUCAUCCGGGAGGCGGAGCGGCUGCGCCUCAAGCACAUGGCUGACUACCCCGACUACAAGUACCGGCCGAGGAAGAAGGUGAAGUCCGGCAACGCCAACGCGGGCGCGGGCGCGGCGGCCGCCGCCGCCUCCAAGCCCGGGGAGAAGGGCGACAAGGUCGGGGGCGGCGGCGGCGGCGGCAGCGGCGGCGGCGGCGGCGCGGGGGGAGGAGGCGGCGGCGCGAGCGGCGGCGGCGCCAACUCCAAACCCGCGCAGAAAAAGAGCUGCGGCUCCAAGGCGGCGGGCGGCGCGGGCGGCGGGGGCGGCAAGCCGCACGCCAAGCUCGUCCUGGCGGGCGGGAAGGCGGCGGCCGCGGGCGCCGCGGCGUCCUCGUCGUUCGCGGCCGAGCAGCAGGCGGGGGCCGCGGCCCUGCUGCCCCUGGGCGCCGCCGCCGCCGACCACCACUCGCUGUACAAGGCGCGGACUCCCAGCGCGGCGGCCGCGGCCUCGGCCUCCACCUCCGCCGCCGCCGCCGCCGCCCCGGCCGGCCUCGCGGCGCCCGGCAAGCACCUGGCCGACAAGAAGGUGAAGCGCGUGUACCUGUUCGGCGGCCUGGGCGCCGCGUCCCCGUCGCCCGUGGGCGGCGUGGGCGCGGGCGCGGGCGCGGGAGCGGGCGCGGGCGCCGACCCCAGCGACCCCCUGGGCCUGUACGAGGAGGGGGCCGCGGGCUGCUCGCCCGACGCGCCGAGCCUGAGCGGCCGCAGCAGCGCCGCCUCCUCGCCCGCCGCCGGCCGCUCGCCCGCCGACCACCGCAGCUACGCCAGCCUGCGCGCCGCCUCGCCCGCCCCGUCCAGCGCGCCCUCGCACGCGUCCUCGUCCCACUCGUCCUCGUCCUCGUCCUCGGGCUCCUCGUCCUCCGACGACGAGUUCGAAGACGACCUGCUCGACCUGAACCCCAGCUCGAACUUUGAGAGCAUGUCCCUGGGCAGUUUCAGCUCGUCGUCGGCGCUGGACCGGGACCUGGACUUUAACUUCGAGCCCGGCUCCGGCUCGCACUUCGAGUUCCCGGACUACUGCACGCCCGAGGUGAGCGAGAUGAUCUCGGGAGACUGGCUCGAGUCCAGCAUCUCCAACCUGGUCUUCACCUACUGACGGGCGCGCGCGCGCGGGCCGGGGGCCGGGGGCCGCGGGCCGGGGGGCGGGGGGCGGGCGAGGAGGAGGAAGGAGGAGAAAAAUUAAGAAGAGCGCGAGAGAAGUGGACACAGGACGAGUUGGAAGAGAAAAAGGGAACGGGAAAAAAUUAAAAAGGAAAAGGAAAAAAAAAAAAAAAGAGAGAGAGAGAAAAGUGAGCAGGGCCGGCGCGGCCGCCC